UUUGAGCUCUAUUUAUACCAGAGAUGGUUCGGCCUUGAAGCCACAUUUGAGUGAACUUGCUUUCCAAUUCUAUUAGCUUCUCUCUGCUGUUCGAUGGCUUUGAAAGCUAUGCUCUUUUUGCUCACCACUUUUCUUGUAGUUAGCACAGGAGUUUCAUCCAAUGAUGAGGAACUCACUACAAAGGCUGUAGAUAUAAAAGUCCCAGUAGCAGCACAAGCUCCUCCAGCAGAGGCGCCAGUUCAUGCACCACCUGUGAAAGCACCGCCUUAUGCCCCCCCAGCAGAGGCACCGGCUCAUUGGCCGCCUGUGAUGCCACCGUCCAAUGCUCCUCCACUAAAGGCACCCACUUAUGCCCCUCCACCAAAGGCAACCGCCCCCGUGCCCCCACUUCAGCCACCUGCUCCUGCACCAGUACUGCCUCCAGCAGUGAGGUCUAAAAAGGAUUGCAUCCCCCUGUGUGAUCAGAGAUGCCAACUACAUUCAAGGAAGAGGACUUGCACUAGAGCAUGCAUGACAUGCUGUGACCGCUGCAAGUGUGUUCCACCAGGAACAUUUGGAAACAGGGAAAAAUGUGGCAAGUGCUACACAGAUAUGACCACUCAUGGCAACAGAUACAAGUGUCCUUGAAAUGGCUGGCCUAUAUAUUUACUUUGAUGGUUAUUUCAAUUCACUUGAUCAGUAGGUAUUAGUAAGUGUGAGAAAAGGGUUGAUUUAGUAAUUUGGCAUUUGUGUUCUUGUAUUAGGCCAAGAGAUCGAGCACUUACUCUGUGCUACCAACUAAAUUCUGCAUUUCAUAUGUCCGAUGCUAUCACGUUGAUAUUAAUACAUCUCCUACCUUUGUUGUAACAA